AUGAGCAUUGAUUACCGGUACUACGCCUUGCGCCUGCCGUAUGGGAUUGACGAAAUUUACAACGUCGGCUGCCUCAUCGACUCCGUCCUCCCUCCCGGCAUCGACAUUCAGGCAUCCACGGCACGCACCUUCGUCGUUGGCACGCAUGACCCCCGCCUCUUCCAAAUCGGCGGCCCCUUGUGGAUCGUGCUCCAGUCCAUAGAGGGCUUCAACCCGGCCUGCCUUCUGCUCGAGAAUGGCGACAAGGACGCCCAGACCCAGGGAUGCGACUUCUCCCUCAAGAUGGUCAUCGGCAUCACCCAAUGGUGUGCCGACGUGAAGGCCGAGCACCGCCGCGCCGCGGCCGCCGGCACACUCUGCCAGUUGGCCGACGACGCGGUCGCGGUCAUCAUGACCUACUUCGACGAGUUCCCGGAAGACAAGCGCGAUUGCCCGUCGGAGUACACCUCGCUCUGCCGAGGCAAGUCGAUGGAAGCCUCGCCAAACAGCCCUCCCAACGGUGGUCUCGGCUCCUUCGAGGUGCGCCUGAUGCCACCACAGGGACUGACGUCCAACUGCAAGCAGCGACCUGCCCUCCGCCGCCUGCACCGUCUCUGGUCCAGGGAGUGCUACGGAACGCCGCUGGACGCGGCCGUCAACCAGGACGACGCAACGUUCCUCGCGGCUUACUGGCUUCACGUCUUUGGCAAGAACGCCACCUUCAAAAACGGUCCCCUCAAGCCCGAGGUGCAAAAGGAACUUGAUAAGUUCAACGGUGUUCAACACGUCCUCGUUGCCGUCCGAUCCAAGCGGAAGGCUCCCACCAAGAAGUCGAGUAACUCACUCAAAAACCAUCAAGAAGCGCGCCAAGAAGACGUAAGGGGGAAAGGAACAGUGAAGCUCUUAACCUCUUUCCAGACCGAUCGAGUGGCCCGAAAUUAA